GGAAGAGUUGUUUAUCUGUAGGGAGAAGGGUUUGGUUUCUGGUGUGUGGGGGUUGCUGUUGGGUUAUGGUGAGCAGAGAAGGGGCUGGGGUAGAGCUGCAUGUUGGGUCUGGAACAGAAGCAAUAAGGGAAAAUCCUACUGAAGAAGAGUGAGUGGCAUUUUUUCACGCUUGCAAAGGGAUCUUCAGCUCUCAAAUUCUUCGAUGUGAAGGUAUUCAUGUGCAGAAGGACCCUGAGCCUCUCGAGUUUGCUCUUAAAUAGGGCACAGCUCAGAACAUCUGAAGGUCCCUCUGACUCAUAGGUGGGAAUCUCCUAAUGAUCUUAGUUAUUUUUAUACGAGCUUGAAAACACUCGUUGUACUGUCCUAGUGCAGAGAAGCAUCGCUGCAAUCGUCCAGUGAACACACAAAGCUGUGGCAGUGAAAACUGCAGGAGAGAGAGAGGAAGAAGAAAGUAAAGCACAAAAAGAAGAUGAAAUGGUAGGACAAUAUUAAUAUCAAAUAAAGGUAGAAGACAACAAGAAGAAAAAGAACAACGAAGACAUAACUAAAGGUGAUAAAAGGAUAAUACAAGCAAACAACUUUAGCAGGGCUUUCCUUUUGUUUCCUCUCUUAUUCUUGCUUUGCAAAGAAAAAUGGGACAGCAGUUCACCAAUGCACAAGGGGAACAAAGGGAGAUGGAUGUUGCCGAAUUGCAGGAAUGGUACAAGAAGUUUGUAGUUGAAUGUCCCAGUGGGACCCUCUUCAUGCAUGAAUUCAAGCAGUUCUUCGGGGUCCAGGAUAACCAGGAAGCUGCAGAGUAUAUUGAAAACAUGUUCAGAGCUUUUGAUAAGAAUGGGGAUAACACCAUUGAUUUUCUGGAAUAUGUAGCUGCCUUGAAUCUCGUUUUACGAGGAAAACUGGAACACAAGCUGAGGUGGACAUUCAAAGUGUAUGACAAGGAUGGGAAUGGCUGCAUAGAUAAACCUGAGCUGCUGGAAAUUGUUGAGUCUAUCUACAAGCUGAAGAAAGUGUGUCGGUCAGAGGUGGAGGAGAGGACCCCACUGCUCACCCCAGAGGAAGUUGUGGACAGGAUAUUUCAGUUGGUGGAUGAGAAUGGAGAUGGGCAGUUGUCUCUUGAUGAAUUCAUUGACGGGGCCAGGAAAGACAAGUGGGUGAUGAAGAUGUUGCAAAUGGAUGUAAACCCUGGGGGCUGGAUCUCGGAGCAGAGGAGAAAGAGCGCUUUGUUUUGAGACAACUCUGCUUUGAUAUUGCUGAAAAGGUGAUGCUGACCAUGACUGUGGCUCCGGUACCCCAGGGUGGUAGAGGCUUUCCUUUUUAACACAACCUCAGCAUCCAUAUGAAAACACCCGUGGUUUAAGAAGCCAUAUCUCGAUCUAAAACCCAUGUGCUGUGUACUGCUGGUACCCAGAGACUAUUUUAUGGCCCAUAAUAAGUCUUUCUGUGUACACAAUACCAGGUUGGCCAGCUCAUGUGUUUGGUUGCGCCCCAAGGAACAAACUUCGUGGCUUCCUGCAGCAGAUCUUGGGCAGGGUUUUUAGUCGGACAGGUGGGAUUGGGAAGUGAGGAAUCCUGAUGCAGUGGUGCUGUCUCCAGUGCAGCCUAGUGUUUGCAUCAUUCGUGCCUGCAGAGAUAUAAGCACAUCGAACCGAAAGUGGCAGCAGGAGGUGCUCUGGCAGGUGUCACACAGCUGGGAACAGUCUGUGUGUAGCUGGGAACUGUACUACUGCUAAUGGAAGAGCAUAGAUAGUGAUACAUUGGCGUUGAAGGUGAAUGGGAUUGUAAGCAGUAGCCAGAAGAGUACACGGAGAUGAGGAAAAGGCAAUAUGUGGGCUGGACAGGAUGCUGAGUGCUAUAACUGCAUCUCCCUCCUGUGGACCAGAGGCUGUUUCUUCUGUUCAGUCGGACCUGAGUUUCUCAGGGGCUGCAAAAAUGCUGUUUCUGAACACUGAGCAGCGGUAGAAACUGUACCUCUUCCUGACAGCCUCACUUGGACAGGUUUGCACAAGUGGGGAUUCUUUUGAGCCCCUUUUUCUUACAGAAUCAUCACCCUAGAGCUGCUUUUCCUGCCCUCUGAAAAUUGGUGGAGCUCCAGGAUCUCCAGGGCUGUCACCUCACUGGGAGCAGUUUAGUGUGGAAGAAGCAAUAAGGUGGGGGGGAAAAGCAGAGUUCUGCCGCAUUGCUGCAAUGUGGG